GAGAGAGAGAGAGAGAGAGAGAGAGAGAAGGAAGAGGUGCGAUGAGGAACGGCAAUAACAAUGGAGAUGAGUUUAAGGUACUGAACGAUGAAGAAGCUGAUCAGGCGGUCUCUUACUCUAGAUAUUUGUCUCCCUUGGUCUCCAAUGGUCGUGAUUUUCUGCUCACUCCUACUGGAACUCAGGUGAAAGUUUCUGAUCUUGAAGGCAAAGUUAUUGGCAUCUACUUUUCAGCAAACUGGUAUCCACCAUGUCAAAACUUCACUCCAGUUUUAGUUGAUACUUAUGAGCAACUUAAAAGCAAUAAUAUUGGAUCUGGCUUUGAGAUUAUCUUUGUGUCAUCUGAUGAAGACUUGGAUGCCUUCAACAAAUAUCAUGCAUCCAUGCCAUGGCUUGCAAUUCCAUUUUCUGAUUUGGAGACGAAGAGAUCUUUAAAUCAAAGAUUUGAUGUCGAAGGUAUUCCUUGCUUAACAAUUCUUCAACCUUCCAAUAACAACAAGGAUGAUGAUGCGAUAUUACACGAUGGAGUUGAACUAGUUUACAGAUACGGGGUUGAAGCUUUUCCAUUCACCAAGGAGAGGUUGGCGGAGUUGGAGCAGAAAGAGAGAGAGAAGCAUGAAAAACAAACCUUGACAAAUUUACUAACAAACCAGGAUAGAGACUUCCUCUUGGGUCAGCCCAUGGCUAAACAGGUGCCUAUUAAUUCCUUGAUUAGCAAAACAGUUGGACUCUAUUUCUCGGCCCAAUGGUGCCUUCCAUGUGUAAAGUUCACUCCCAAGUUGAUCUCCAUCUACCAGAAAAUAAAACAGAUGCUGGUAGGAAAGGGUGGGGAGGACUUUGAAAUAGUCUUCGUGUCGAGUGACCGUGACCAAAUAUCAUUUGACUCGUACUUCAGUACUAUGCCCUGGCUGUCAUUGCCAUUCGGAGACCCGGCAAUCAAGAACCUCGCCAAACAUUUUGAUAUCCGAGGAAUCCCCAGCUUAGUAAUUUUGGGUCCAGAUGGUAAAACCGUCACCAAACAAGGGAGGAACCUUAUAAACUUGUAUCAACAAAAUGCAUACCCUUUCACGGAGGCCAGAGUAGAGUUGCUUGAGAAGCAAAUGGAUGAGGAGGCUAAAAAGCUUCCGAGAAACGAGUACCAUGAAGGACAUCGUCAUGAGCUGACACUGGUGUCGGAAGGCACUGGCGGAGGACCCUUUAUAUGUUGCGACUGUGAUGAACAAGGGUCUGGGUGGGCAUACCAGUGCAUUGAAUGUGGUUAUGAGGUGCACCCAAAGUGCGUCAGGGCCGUGAACCCUGGGCCAACUGUUGAUAGGUAAUCCAGGCUUGGCAGCCUGGGCUAUAAUAUUGCUAAUUAGAUUGAAUGAGUAUCAUCAGGAAACAUGUUUGUGGAUUGGGUCUCCCUUGUGAUUAUUGUAAUGUCGUGUGAAUAUUGAAUGGGAUUUCAUCCCAUGUUAUUAAAUGUUAAAGUAAGAUCAUACGUUUAAUAUAAUGGUAAUUCAAACUAGUAACCUAGUGUUAAAACUUGAAGAGGGGAGGUUAUGAAC